GCGCCCAAACGACGUUUUACGCUUUUCUUUCUAUUUUCCUCCGUUCGUUGGUUACAUCAUUUCAACAACGCCGUUAACCAUUGUAAAGAGGUAAUCUUCCUCUUGAGCAGUCGGGCGUGGCUUGACUGCCUGGAUGCAGUCUUUCAUUAACCCUCGAACCAUGAGGUAGCCGUUCAUUACCUACUACAGCAAAUAUCUGGGUUUAUUCAAGAGCAGCUCCAAAAACAUAGUCAGCGCAACAAGGAACGACUUCACGAAUCUAUAACCAUGACGAGUCUAUCGGGUAUCUGCCCACCACCUUUCAUACAAGAGAGUCUUUUCGCCAACUCGACAGGAUACAUCGGUGGUCGUUUUUGUGAACCUGCUACUGGAGGACAGUCGUGCUGCCUACCAUGCCCGAUGGCAGAUUGGAGAUACCCUGAUGGGGUGGAUUCUACGAAUACCGCAAUCGGGUGGCUCGGUGUUGCGCUAUUGCCCUUAACAGUCUUCCUCCUCGUUACCUGGGCCGUUCUCCCGGUCAAGUUCACAAACCGAAACUACAUUAACGUCUGCUUCACCUUGUCCGUCGUCUGUCUGCAGAUUCCGUUUAUCAUUCCGCUGGGGACCAAACCACAAAAAUGCAGUGAUGCGAUUACGCCUAAUGAUAUGCACACGGACUGGUCUUGUGCAUUUACAGGCGCCAUUUUGUUGUUCGGUGGUAUCGCUUGUGUUACAUGGAGUCUUUUGCGAACCAUUGCUCUUCAUCUCCAGGUCUGUUGGGAGGUAAUUAUCGGUCCCGUCUUUAUGUGGGCAGCUUUCGCCGUAGGAUUGGGGCUACCCGUGCUUAUCCUUAUUUUGAUGCUGGUUUUUACUGGAGUUUCGUAUCGAUUCGGCAACGUAUGCCACAUCAACAGCAAGGAUAGUUUGGGCGACUACUGGAUCCCACUUUUGGUUUUCUCCGGGUUGGCACUGAUUAUGCAAUUUGUGACCAUGGGAUACUGCAUUCACGUCUAUGUCAAGGCUCUUUUUGACCCGGCUGACCCUACAAGCACCAGUAACUCGGGCUUGCCGUCCUAUUCGUCCAGCUCUCGUACAGUAACUGCUCGACAGGCAUACAGGCGUGUGCGAAGGGUUCUCAAACUACAGUGGCGAUCAAUGGCUCUUGUGAUGGUCAUCCUCGCCAACGUCAUCUAUUUGGCAGUCACCUUUUUGCGGCUCGAUAGUGAUAUGUCUGUUAACGCUGCCAACGCUGCCAAGGCUAAACCGUGGCUGACUUGCCUGGCGGUGUUCAAAGAUCCCCACAAAUGUACAAAAGAAGCUUCCGCACUUGGAAUUACCGAGGCAGCAUUAGAUGCGGUACUGGUACUGCUCUGUAUAGCCAGCUUCUGGAACUUCAUCUUCACUGUGCGCAUGACAAUGUUCCGAGGAUGGCUUGAGUUCUGGCAAGGACUCUUUGUCAAGAAUGUUGAGUUUGUAUCGGUGGACGCACGUUCCCGCUUCGCAGACACUCGCAACUAUGAGAUGCUCAACCCUUCAAAAGCCAUGAAGUCACCUGAGCCCACACCUUUUGAAGUGCGGUCACCUACACCUGCGUACAUGCAGAGUCGUGCAGCAGAUGAUGCUGAUGGAAAAGACAUUGAACUCCACACUCACUCGCGGCAGACAAGUUACACUCGUCCUACAAUGAGUUUCUCAACGCCGCGGCCGCCAACCGCACAGAGAGAUCCUUCCUCCUAUACCUGGGAUGCUACUAGCACUUUUGCUCGAUCGAAUUCCCAGAUGAGUCAUCAUAGCCCUCGCUACAGAUAAUACUUUUCUUAUACACAUACACAUUCUUUUUUUUUUCACUUUUCUGUCUACAUUCUUAUCUAUUUAUAUCUAAACUGCGCUUGUUCGCUUAUACCUUACCCUUAUUCCUUAUUCCAGCAUGGCGUUGCCGGCAGGUGUUUGUCAUAUACCAUGAUUCUUAUAUCACUACGGGGGUUUUUUCUGUGUGGAUAGUAUUGCUAGGGAAAAGUUUAAAAUGCCUACAUGUAUCCUUAUGUCCCGUUUUUCUAUGUUCGUCUAGCUAGUCUUGACAUUAUUACAUUCAUUCAAGCAGUCCCU